AUUUAUGUUAUUGACAGCGCAGACAAGAAGAGGUUUGAGGAGACGGGAUUGGAGCUGUCUGAGCUGAUCGAUGAAGAAAAUUUGAAGGGCGUUCCGGUGCUCAUCUUCGCUAAUAAGCAAGAUCUGGCCACAGCGUCACCGGCUAGCGAGAUUGCUGAGGGGCUCAACCUGCACACAUACCGGGACCGCGAGUGGCAAAUUCAGGCAUGUUCGGCCGUUUCUGGGGAGGGAGUUCAGGACGGCAUGAACUGGAUUUGCAACAACAUUGUGAACAAGAAGAAGUGAAGACCAGUCCCAAAAUAACACUGACCAGAAUGAACCAGCGCACCAGCGUCACAGAAUGUGAUUCAUAUCUUUCACUUCAUCUAAUUAUGAUGCAUUCAGCUGACCUCAUAGAUUGGAAUGAUUCUGUUUUUAUGAAUUUUUAUUUUUAUGAAUGUUUUACAAAGGUAGUCGACAUAAAGAAGAACCUAGUUCUAAUAAGUAUCAGUGUUUUAAGUAUUAACAUUGUUUGGAAAUUAAACAUUUUGGUUUCAUCCCAAAAGGUUUGGUUGAAUCUGUCUGAGUUCCUUAAUGCUGCAAUUACCAAGGAAAGUGUGUAGCAUUGCAGUAGCCGUUUUUGUGUGAGUGUGUGUAACGUGCACAUUUUGACAAUAAAAUUAGUCAUUUCUGCUGUGUUGUUACUUGUUUUCAGAUUAAAGCCGUCCCUAUGUAAUCAAAGUGUUUUUACAUUUCACUUAGCACAAUACGGAGAGAGGAGGUACAAUCCCGUAAAAAAAAAAAAAAAAAAACAACUGUCACUGAUGGACAGAAACUGCAUUAAUGUCAAUGUACAUACUUCAUUGUGAGACAACUACAAGUUAAUCUGACAAGUGCUAACAUUUUGCUGUGAGAUGGAGACAAACUGAGCAACAAGACUUGCAGAAGAGACAGCUUAAAAUUACACACUUAUGUGGCAUAGCAAACAAGAUAUCAAAUCUUAAUGGCAUAGCAGAGCAAACAGUGCAGGAAAUUACACACAGAGCGAGACUGAGUAAUUUCGGCAUAGGCUCUUUUCCAUGAAACGUUUUAUAUGUUAAUUUUGGAACCAUUACGUCGCAGACUGCCCGUCUUGCAGCAUCGUUUUUGUCUGUCAUCAUCGGCUUUGCCACACGACGCCUCUCGCUUCCAGCUGUGAAUGCUGUUUGUUCCUCAAGCGGGAAUGCAAAUCCUCUAACAAAAUCUGAGCAACUGGGACGGAGAAAACCUGUUUUUUACAUUCUUUGUAAGAUGCGGUCAGACCAUUGAUUUUUUUUAUUUUUUUUCAGAGCUCUGUCUUUGUCAGCUGUCUCUCCUGGGAGGAUAGCCGUCAGAGACCCUCCAGGCAUUAGGGCCCACACACUCCUGUGAUUAUUCCUCAUGUUGUGUUUUGUUUGACUGACCUUGGUGUGUGCUAAAUCCUUCAUUCAUGCUCCCUUUUUUUUUUUUGGCUCUUCCUAACUGCAUUUGGAUGUAAUGGAUCCUUUGUUUCUAUUGUGUAAAGCUGCAAUUAACCACCUGAAGCCACUCUGAAAUUAACAGCUAGCGGGGUCCAUUCUGUGCUUUUACACAUUAAAUUGUGCUAAUGAAUACUU